AUGGCGGAAAUGCUUGCCGUGUCCAAGCCCUCCGGCCCCGGAUCCGAUUCACUCGCCACCCUCGACAUGCCCGCCGCAUUGAACGAAAAGGUGUUGAACGCCCUGCGAGCGGACCCCGGGAGUGUGGAUCUACGGGCGCAGGCGACGUGGUUUUAUGGGUUGGGGGAGCGGAUGUUGGAGUUGUUUGAGGAGGAGGAGGUUGCUGGUGUGCUGGUAGAGACGUUCCGACUACGUGCCCUCGAGAUAGCAGAUAAAGCCCAGCACUCCGGUGCUACUCAGCAGGGAGGCGGUGCAGGAGGCGAAUUCAUGCAAGGUCUUGAUGACACCGAACGGCAAUGUAUGUGCCUUCAUCUUAUCUUUCUAUCGCUGUAG